UUCCCACUCCACUGAAAGAAAAGCCUUUAUAAGGAGCACAUGCAGCAACUAACAGUUGCAGAGCAGCAGCCUCUCAGUGUACUUCUUUGCAGGAAAGAAAGCAAAGCUUUUGAAUCCUAAUAACAGCAAUCAUAAAUGUUAAAACAGAUGGGAAGAACAAGCCAAACUGUGGUAAUUAUUUUGUAUGUAUUAAUAACUGUUAAAGCUUUUGAAAUGGAAGUUAUACCAGCUGACAGAGUUGUUGCACAGAUUGGAGAAACACUGAUACUCACAUGCAAUACUACUGGCUGUGCAUUACCAAAGUUUUCAUGGAGAACCCAAAUGGACUACCCCCUUGGAGGAAAAGUAUACAACGACAAGACAUACUCUACCUUAACUAUGAGUCCAGUUAGUGCUGAAAAUAAUAAUGAUUAUUUAUGUACUGUCAUCUGCAAUAAAGAGAAAAAAGAGAAGAGUGUCAAAGUUGAACUUUACUCUUUUCCCAGUGAUCCUGUCAUUAAGACCACUGCAUCUUUAGUUGUUGGAGAAACUGCCACUGUCAUCUGUAAAGUGCAUGAUGUGUUUCCUUCUGAUCACCUGGAAUUACUCCUAAAGAAAGAGGAACAUAUUCUUCAUAGCAAAACUUUUGAAGGAGAUGUCUGCACAAAAGCAGAAACCAAGACUGUGGCAUACUCAUUUAACCUCACGACUGAAGACAAUGGUAAAGAGAUUACUUGUGUGGCCAGAUUACAAAUUGCUGGUAUGGACUUUGAGCCCAAUGAAAGGUCGACUUCUUUGAAACUGAAUGCAAACUUUGGUCCACAAAAUACUUUCAUUAGUGCAUCUCCGGGAAACUUAUCAAUGGAAGGACACUCUCUGAAACUUACUUGUGUGACUGAGAGUAAUCCACCAGCACAAGUAUUUUGGAGAAAACAUCUGGCAAAGGAAACCAUUCAGCAUUUCGUAGAAAACAAUGUUCUUUCUAUUCCUCAUGCCCAUUUCACUGACUCAGGACAGUAUAUCUGUGAAGUAAUUAAUCCUGUAACUAAUAAAACUGAGAAAGCAACUGUGAACAUUGUUAUAGAAGCUCCACCAAAAAAUACAACACUAACGGUUUUCCCAUCGAGUUCAGUGAAAGAAGGAGAAAGUGUUACCAUCUCUUGCACAGCCACAGGUGUCCCAGCUGUUCAGAUUAUCCUAGAAAAGAAAAUAGGUGGUGUGAUCACAACCCUUAAAACAGAAGAUGGCAAAUACACCAUAGAGAAGGCUCAGCUAAAGGAUGCAGGAAAAUAUGAGUGCACAUUCACUAACAAAUUUGGAAAUCGUUCUCUAGAUGUAGAACUUGAUGUCAAAGUUCCUCCUCAGAAUGUUACUGUGUUAGUUUAUCCAUCGGAAAAUGUUAAAGAAGGAGAAAAUAUCACAAUUGUGUGCAGCACAUACAGUAACCCACCAUCACGGAUGAUCCUGAAAAAGGUUAAUCAAGAGAAAGAAAUAAUUCUACCAGUAGCCAAUGGAACCUUUACGCUCUACAAUGUCACCAAAAAUGAUACAGGCAGAUAUUUGCUUGAUGUUUUCAAUGAGGUUGGAAGCAACAUCAAAGUGAUAGAGAUAGCUGUUGUAGGAAAAUUGGAAAAACCAGAUCAAAUUAUGCACCUGAUUAUUGCAUUCUCCUGUGUAACAGCAGUAGCUAUACCUGUGGUUGCAAUUUUGAUCUACGUGUCAAGAAAAGCAAAGAUAAAUGGAUCCUACAGUCUUGUUAAAGCAUUGAGGCUGAAAGUGUGAUUGUGUGAAUAUAUGUCUAAAUAGUUCAUAAUAAGCAAUGUUAUUUAUUGUUGUAACUCUUUCUACGCCUAUUCCAAAACAUGGUAGCAAACAAGUGAUUUGAGAACAGUACUGUGAAAUAGCAAAUGAAAUUUUUGGGGGCUUUAAGAGGUAUUUCAGAAUUUAAAUUAAAGGGAAGGUUAGCAGCCUGUCUUAGGAGUAGGUAUAGCACUUCUGCAUUGAAGCGUGCUAAACCUAGAGUUCCUUGGAGAACUAGGUUUGUACAUAGUGUAUAAAUUGUUACAAAUACAAAUAAACUGAAUUUCAGUUUGUAAAAUUGCAGUCUCUGCAGCUGUACAUAGACAUGUUGUUAAUUCAAUAAUAUAAAUAAGCGUUAUUUGAACUUACUGAUUAAUAAUAUUUUAUUUUGUAUUAUUCUAAAGAUUGAAUGUUUUUAAUAUAGUCUUUUUGCUUGUGGCAAUGUUUGGAAAAUGUUCUCUUCUCACUUAUUUUGCUGUAAACUGUGUACCUUCAAAGAAAUCACACAAUCACUGGGUUAUACACAUCUGAUUAUUUUAAAUUAACUUAAGACCUCAAGACUCAUUUGUGAAGCAUUGUAUUUUAGUUAGUGAAACAUUAUUAUAAAUAUUACAGAGGAAGGGGCUGGAAUUAUAAAAUAGAUAGUUUUAGGACAGCUGAAGCAUUUUUAUAAGAAUUAGUCAUUCAUAAAUCAGUGACAAAAUUCUGCUGCUUCAUACUGAACAAAUUAGACCCUUUAUUUUGAAUGUAAGCUGCCAAUAAGUAUGCUUUAGAGAUUUCCACUACAAAAUACAGUGUGUUUCUUCUAAAUCCCCAUAGUGAUUCUUGCUUAAUAUGUUGUCAGAAUACCUGCUUUCAUACUUUCGUGCUUUCAUAUCCAGAAAUCACCUGCUGUGAUUUUGUUAGUUGAAAAUGUAGUUACUUUUUACCUGUGGACUUCCUCUGAUAUUUGUAAACUUAAAGAGAUCUUGGCGUAGGUUAGUAUUACUAAAGAGAAAGCUUGUGUAGUUCUUAAGCACAUUUCUGUAGAAGGAGUUAUUGAAAGCUUACUAUCCUUAGCAAAAGCAAGUUCUAGAGUCAUGGGAAGUCCUGAGGCAAGCAAAGCAAAGGCACAAGCAAAGCAGGCAACCUAAGCAGAGAGAGAAUCUAUAUGACCUCAGCCAUGGUGGUGGUUGUUUCCUGAAGCAAUGUCCUUCUCAGGCUGCUCACUGUGGAAAACCAAGUCACUUGUCUGACAAUCAGUGCCUGUGUGCAUUACCCUCCUUCGUGCCUCUUUUCAUCACAUUCUCUUUCCAGUGCUGGGAAAAUGCCUAUGAAAAUAGUAGGUCUUCUGUGCAGAGGCAAAGAUGAGAGGGAAUGAGAAGUGGAAUUUAAUGUUAUUCUCUGCUUGCCAGCAGUACUGCUUUGACUCAUGUGGUUAGUGAUGUUCACUGAAGAUAAAACUCUACAAGGUACAAAGCAGUAUUAAGUGAUCAGGCAUUGAGGUGUUGGAGUACUUUUACCCCCAGCUGCCUGGAGCCACUAUGUUAGGGCACAACAAUGGGGUGCUGGCUGCUCCAAACUUGCAUGAAAAUGCAAGAUCAGAAAUACAUAUAUGAAAGGAAUUUCUCUGUGUUAUUUACUAUCUACAAAUGGUAGCACCUGCCCCCAACAGCAAAACAAACAGAUGUCUUUUGAUAGCUAGCUGCAGGAUGAGGUGGGGUACAAAUCUCUGUGUCUUCUUCAUAGCAUCUUCAGAAGUGCUUUGUGAACAGUAAAUCAUUUCAUGCAGGGUCCUGUGCUUCUCUUCAGUUGGAAUGGGAGCUUCGGAAAGUGAGAGUGUAGUAGAAAAAGAGAAGUAUGGACUUGGCUUGAAGGAACAUGAGCUUGAAGUAGGAGGGUGAAGAAAAGAUUGAAGACAGAGAAGGAGGAGAGCUUUGAUGGGCUCAUGACAUAAAUUUCUUGGAGGUAAUCCCAUGCAGGUUUAUUCUAAUGUAAGGCAUAUCUCUCUGCUGACUUGUGAGCAAACCAGAAAGUAUGAUUUUUUUCCCUGUAUGAAACUUCAGUGCAUACACAUUUUGUCUCCUGGAUAUAAUUCUUGUUGCUGGAAGACCUGGAGAAAAAAAAAAAAGAAAAAAAAAGAAAAAAAAAGAAAAAACGGCAUAGGAUGUUUCAGUUUGGAGAGAAUUCUGAAGAAGGAGAGGAUAUGACUGAAGUUUUCUAAAUUGUGAAAGCAGUUAAUAGCAAACAACAAAUGCAAAAUUUGUUUGCUAACUCAUAUGAUGCCAGGACUGCAGGACCUCUGGACAAGUGGGAGGCUGGUUUAACAGAAAUAAUUGAAGGCGCUUCUUAAUGCUAAAUAAUUGGAAGCUGCUAUUGCUGGAGAUUGUGAUGGAAGGCAGUAUCAAUUGGUGUAGAAGGGAAAUGGCGAAAAAAUUGAGAACUAAAGCUCAAACAAAGCUAAAACAAAUACUAAAGGGAAUAGGCAAACAUUCCUCAGGCCGGUUUUUCAUGCUGACCUUAAGCAGUCACUCAUAGUCACUCAGUGCUGGAAACAUACAGCCAUGGUGGAAUGAUUGGUCAGACCCGGAAAAGUAUUUCAGCCUUAUGACUUUCUCUGAGAGGGCUUGAGUGAGGUCUGCUUGGGUGAGGGAUUUAUUAGCUCUUGUGCUGUUUUCCUCUCUUCUGUAGUCUCUGAGAAGGAAUAAAAAGAGAAGAGUGGGAGAGAAAUACGAAUCAUCUUGCAACAGCACUUCUGCACUUCUGUAUUUUUUCCUGGAAAUUCCCCUCAGGUUCCCAGUGUAUUUGUGAUUUAGAUGCACAUCUUUAUGUCUACAUGACUUGUCUGCCCCCUCAGAGUCUCUAUACUUAAUAGCCAAUUAUGUCAAUAGGGGUUGAACUUUGAUUUCAGUAGGCCAGUUUCCAUAAACAUGAAGUGAGUAAGCAGAGCUUGCAGUGCUCAUUUUAGGAGAGGCUUCUCUUGUGUGGGCAGCAAACUUCCUCUCCUUGAAAUUAUUAGGAACCUUACCAGGGAAUCUCCUCCUCUACAGCCUGAUUUUUGGUAUUUCCCAGUGUGUUUCUUCAUUUGGGCAGCAGCUUGUUUUAUGGGGGUUGAAAGUUCAUUGUCAAGUAACUUAACUUUUUGUUGAAAAUCACAGAAGGGUUGUUAUUUCUCCCUGUGCUAUCUCUCAUCAUGUGCAAAGCCUCUGCCCUGGCAAAAAGGCAUAAACAACAGCUCCAGCCUAGCAAGUGCUUUCAGGAAGGGUCUCGGCUGCCUGGAAGUCUAGGUAAGAGCCCCUGCUAUGGGGCUUGCUUUUAUGACUGACAGAAUAAUCUGUAGAGCAGAGGACUGUGAGGUUCACUCAGGUUUUCCCUGUGCAGUUACUUUAUAGCUUGUAGAGUUGCCUUUUACCCUGUUGGCCUGUGCUCAAACACACCAGUUGUCCAUGUGUUUAUCCCAGCAAUACUGUGGGACAGUGCUAAAUGUUACAGGUAAAAUGAGUCUAGAUAUUUAAAAGUGAUUACAAAAUCUGAUUCCCUAUAUCCAGUUUGAGACAUGCUCCUUUUAAAAUGUUCAAAUUGAAAAAGGUAACUUUUUAAAUGCUUUCAAAUGAUUUUGUAGAUACACUGAAGGGAAUGUUUAAUUUCUCCCAUGGCAGAGGUUUUAGUUCAAUUUGUUAUCUCUUUGAUAAACUAAACAAAUUGAGUUGCUAUAAGCCUACCUUUCUUUACAAAGUUACUUCUGUGGUGAAUAAAUAAUCCUCACGGUCUUUUCUAAAUCCGCUCUACUACUUCAACAUACCAAUUAACACAUUAGCAAAACAGCAGUAUAUGAUCUUGAACACUCCUCCAUUUUUUUAGAUUGUAAAUUUUUUUAUUGUUCUUCCAUAUUUGUUAAGGGCUUACAGUGGUGGAGACUUACUUAGUAUAUUAGUUGUAACUUUUUUAGUUUAUUAUUUUAACUGUGUUGUAACCCUGUGACAUGGCUACCAGUUAAGCCACAAAGCUCUUUGCUGUAGCUAGUGAAACUUAGUAAAUUGAACUAGCUUUUUACAUCCUCAUGCCUUCUGGUGCACGUGGGAGAAGAAAAAAAAACCAAACCAUAGCACUGCAUACGUUAGCACUAUUUCUAAUGUGCAGCUGAAAAGAAAACUUCAGGCUUGAGGUAUAAUGGCAUCAUAUCUUGACCUCUAGUGUAUGGGCUUACCCUCCACAAAUAGUAGUUUUCUUGCUUCAAUAUCAGAAAUAAAAAUAACAUGGAAAUAAGGCUGCUUACAUUUUUUAAACUGACAAUACUUAAAGAAAAAAAAAAUGUAAAAUUUAGAAAUGUAUUUUUCCCUCUGUUUAUCCAAGUAUUGUAACACUAAAGUGAGGUAAAAUGGCAUAAUUCUUUCCAGUUGAAUGAUUCAUUUAAGUACUCCUAUCUGAAAAGCAUACAGACAUAAACAUUUUAGGGAGAUAAUUUAUUUUUGUAGUUAAACUCAAUGAAAAGGGAAGAAAAAAUCCUUCUCAUAUACAGCAUGCAAUACUGGCACCACAUUGUUGUUCUGUCUUUUGUUCUAGUUUAUAAUCAAAAUGGCCUUCAUGCUGAUAAAUGAACAGGAAUGGAGCAGAUAGCAAGACUUUGUUUGUGUUGAUUAAAGAACGUUGUUUCUUUUGAGAAAUUGUGACGGUGUUGGCAUAAACCACUCUUUCCAGGUUGUCUAAAUUUAAGUAAGAAGCAAGAACAUGGGAAAACAGUGCUCUUCGUACUUUGUCUACCAGCCAAAAAAGUAGUAUAGCUGUAGAAGAAGCUAAAGAAACGUAUAGGAUAUAAGAGAAUUUAGUUCCAUGUCUAAAGGGUGGUGGUGGUGGUAUUUUGUUUUUUGUUGUUGUUGUUAGCAAAGCCCUCUUGUUCCACAGACAAGUGAAUUGGAUUGUGAUCUAAUGGAUUAUCCAUCUGCUCAGUCUUGGGCAUGAUUGAAUAGUGAAGUGAAAGUAAGUACUAGCUGAGACUGAUGCAGGCUCAUCCCCAAGGUUUCUGCCAUUUUCUAUGAACAUGCACAUUUGGAAUCAGACCCAGGAAAGGAAGUGACAGAGCAAUUCCAGAAAGAGACAGUCAAAGGGAAAAUACAUAAACUACGACAUGGAGUCUAAGAGCAACCACACUAGGUCAAAGCAAGAUAUUUUAACCAGAAGUGGGUGGAAGUGAAUGCCUAAAAUGGCUGUGGAAACAUGAAGUGUAUAGUAACAUCUUCUCCAAAUGCACUCCACACUUCCAGCUCUUUUGAAACUCAGCCUUAUUGAGUUUGCUUCUCUGCAUUCAGUGAUUCGCAGUGGAUUUGUUUUCAGUUUGUUUGUUUUGCCUCUUGAUAUUAUGAAAAUUUGCAGCAUCCAUGGCAUCCUUGCUUGUAAGGCAGUAAAACACCACUUUGCAGGGUUCAAUGUCCUGUACUGAUUAUGUCUGAGAGUUUGGAGUUUCUGUUUUAUAUUUCGGUUUGUCAUCUUUUCAAAAUGGAGGAAAGCUAGAGAAAGUUUGUGCAGUCUUUCAACACUAAACUAUCUAGAUUUCUAGAUAAUGUCAUGGACUUAAGAGAAUGUAACAUGAGGAACUCUGCACAGCAUUGCUGCAAGCUGUCAACAGCGGGAGGGAGGGAUUUGACAGUGAUCCUGCAAAGUAUAAGUGGAGGGCUGAAUGUGCAAUAUCUAUAAAGGAGUAAUUCUCCAUGCAGUCUGCAUUGCCAAUGACUGUAGUUAAUGUAGUACAAAAGAGUAAUCAGAAUUACUUUCACAUUUGAAGAAUUCUCACUUAGAUGUUUAACAUUGAAAUUGUUUUCUUAAAGCAAAUGUAAGCAUAUUGGAUAAUUACUUUCAAAAAUAAGGUAGCAUUUUGUAUGAUUUAUCAAAAUGAGUACAUGAGUACAAUAAACCAACAGCAUGCAGCAAAGAUGAAACGAGCUCCUUUUGUUGGUGCCUGUUAAGAGCGUGUGAUCAGAGCUCAAGUCUGUGACACUUGAAAAGAUAAGGUGUCAAUUCUGAAUCACAAAAUUAACAUCCCUGCCUGUAGUUAAAUGAUGAAUAACUCUUUUUAGUUGUAUCUUUCUUGCAGUUAAACUGUCAAGCACAGAAAUCUGGAAAGUGUGUGAUUUGAGUGUCUAUUAAAAAGAUCCAUCCUUAAGUUCCAAUUUUCUCCUGGAAAGAGACAGAAAUCUGCAGUCUAGAGAAAUUGAAUGUAGUGCUGUGUAUCUUCUAGAUCAUCCUGAGAUAUAUUCCAUACAAGAAUUGUACACUAAAGCAUCUUAAAUUUCAUAUAAUAUAAAUUGUUGAUGCAAUUCUUGAUGAUUUUCUAGAAGAUAUGCUGUAGGAUUUACUAACUUUAAAGGCGUCACAAUUAGAUUGAAUUAAAAUCAUUGAUUUUUUGGAGAAUAUACUGACUAAAGGUUUAAAAGCCAAAGUAGGGGAAACUUUGUGGCUAUAGUAGGCCUACUUUUGCAUGUCAUUUAAUCUAUUUUGCAACUUGGAGUUUGUAAUCUACUAGUAUGUUUAAACACUCUCAUCAGACAGAUAAAAAACACAUCUUGGAAGGGCAAAGUGUGUUUUCUGGUCUUAUCGCAGUCUUUUUAUAUUCUUCCACUUACCAGGGCCUAGAGAGAACAGUGUGUUGUCUGCGGUGUACAAUAAAAAGACAAGGCAUUAUAUUCAAAAGAUACAACAAUGAAAUUUCCAGUUUUAUGUGAGCAACAAAUUGUUCAUGGUAAGGAUGGGUCAGCACCCAGAAUGCGUUACUCAGCAGCAGUAGGACUUCUGUCAUUGAGGAUUUCUGCAGUCAAACUGGAUAAGACCAAGGGUGACUUAACGUAACUUUAAAUUUAGCUUUGCUUUGAGCAGGGCUGUGGACUUGAUGAGGUUCCUGUGGUCACCUCAUCUUAAUUUUUUCUGAAACUCUGUUACAGAGCCUUCAUAAGUUAACUUUGCUUACUUCAUAGUGAACAAUGUAAUUGCCAUGCAGGAUUAAAAAAACCCAUUUGAACAGUUCUUUGUUAAUAAGCAGCAACCAAAGUUUCUUAGAAGGAUGUGAGAAGCACCCCUGCAGGCAGCCACAGGCUUAAAAGCCGUACGCUUUUAAGGUAUUAAGCAUCUUUAUCUCUCCAAUAUAAAUUGCUUAAGUUUAAGUCUGCAGGCAUAAGACUCUCUUCUAAAUCACUAGCAUUGGACAUUUGUCUAAAUGUCCAGUCUCUUUAUGACUCCUGCUAAAGUACUGUCCUCAAUUGCUUCCUGUGCAUAACAGAGUUUAAUUACAUACUUUGUAAGAAGUAUUUCCUUUUGUCUGUUUAAGAUACUUCUGUCCACUUGUUUCUGAGAUGCAAUACAGGGAGACAGUAGUUUGUAAUCUGCCAUUUUUCUACUGUUCAUUAAUGUAUGCAAUUCUGUCAUUUUCUCAAUGAAAAAAAAAACCAACCCACCACUAAAAUAUCUCUUUUGGGCAUUUAUGUUGAGAAAUGCUUUUCAUUUGUCAGUAAUUUCUGUAACCCUCUUGAAAACUGUUAGUGUAACUUCACCUUUCAUAGUUGAUCAUCAAUCUGGUAUUUAGUAUUCUAAGUGAAGCCCCAUCAUUUUUUUACCUUAAUGAAAUAAUAAUUUUGUUUGUAUUAUUCUGCAUCUCAUUCUUUGUAUAACCUCAUGUUAUGGGAUAUGGCUGUCUAACGUCAACGAAGUCCAGCUUAUACCAAAAGAGGAUAUUUCAUACUUCUCAUCCCUGUUCACCUAUGGUAGGUGAAACAGAAAGUUGGCUAUUACUGAGUAUUAAUAUCUCAUGCUCCCAAACCUUUUAUUUUUCUUUUCUGUUGGGCUCACUUUUAACUGGGUAAGAUCCUGCAUCCAACUUGACACGUGGUCUUGUUACUAUCUGGGCAAGUGCAGCCAAGUUAGGGGUAGUGAUGGUCAGCACAGUGGCAGAGACAUCUCUCCCAAACGUGCAGCACUUCACAGUCUCUGAAUUCAGCUACUCUUGGUUUUGUGACCUGUUUUUUUAACCACAGAUGCACACUCAGCAGAGAUCUUUACUGAGCUUAGAACAGUGCUUGUUAAUUGCUUAUUUAGUAAAAUGCAUGCUAAUCUAAUGGCAGAUUUUAUAAACUCAUCUAAACAGUCAGUGUUCAGCAUGUCACCCUGAAAAAUUUUUUGUAGAAAAUCAAAGGCAGUUAGCUUCUUUCUGCAAGUCUUUGAUAUUUAUGAAGCCUGACCUGGAUUUUCCAAGUUGACUGUAAAAUAUUUUCCACUUCCUUGAACAUCUUGAAUGUAUUUGAUAUCCACACUUAGGACUUCCUUUAGAGUAUCCUGGACUGAAAAUUGUGUUCAAAUGAGAAGCAUUGAAGGUUGUCUUAACAUUCUCUUAAAUGUAAAGACCUGCACUGUAUAUAUAAAUUAAAUUAAGAUGUGAUGAUGGCUGUCUCUCUCCUACCAUUUUUCUGUAGUUCUUGGCAUCCGCAUCCCUUUUAGGAUGCUGUAAAUGGCAUUUAGGAUUAGCUAUCCAUAAAUCACCUGUGUUAUCAGAAGCCAGUUAAAAUAUUUAUUUAUCACCAUGGACUUUUGUAUCAACUUUUAUUGUGCGAGAAGGUCAGAAUGCUUUGUUUUUAUAAGAAUUGAGCAAAAGGGAAAAGCUUUCUGAUACUGAUGCAUUAGCGCUUUUACACUAGCACUAGCAUUCCAUAUAGAAAACACCUUUUCUACUCCUCUCCUGUUUGAAAGUUCUCACUGUUCUGGAUUACCUGUUUUGUAAUCACAGCAGUAGCAUUCCAGGUGCAGCCCUAAACUCCAGUGUGUACUUCUUUGUGUUACUGAUAUACCACUUCUUGAAUGUGU